CAGCGAUCCUAGUAUAUCCCGCAAGGCAUCCAGCUCUUUAAAAAUGUCUCAAUCCACGUGUCUACCGGCGCUUUUGUGCCUCCCUAAUCAUCACAUCACCCCGCAAACCUCGCGAUCGUACCCGACGACCAACAACUGCCUUUGCGAGAACACCUAACGUCGAUGGCCACCAUGUUCGAGAAUGAGAGUAUGAUGUUGGAAGAUGGACGCACACUCUCUUACUCGUUGUAUGGGAGUCCUAUACCUAUCACGACGAUCGUAUACAUGCAUGGCUUCCCUUCAUCGCGAUUUGAAGGGCGACAAUGGCACACAACCUGCACCAGGCACAAUGUCCGCUUGAUAUCACCGGACCGACCUGGCAGCGGCCUAUCGACAUUCCAGCCAAACCGCCGCAUCCUCGACUGGCCAGCUGAUGUCCUCGCUCUAGUCGAUCAUCUGAAAAUCAAUGAGUUCUACAUACUAGGCGUGUCAGGAGGCUCGCCCCCCGCUUUAGCAUGUAUGAAAGAGAUCGGGAAAGACAGGCUAUUAGGCGUGACGAUAAUCAGUGGUCUAUACCCUUUAAAGUUUGGAACGGCGGGAAUGUUGGUGUCGACAAGGAUUUUGAUGUGGGUUGCACCAUGGCUGACGGGCUUAACAGCUACGUUGAUCGACACCCUGAUAGGGAAAGCUAGCCGGAACAAAGAUCCGAAGGUUCUCGAAAAGUUGAUGUCGAAAGGCACAACUGAUAAUGCGCAUCUUGGUGAUCGGAAGGCGAUCGAAGCCCCAGCAUACUGGCCUGUUUUCGUGGACAUGACAAGGGAGAGCUUCCAUCAAGGCAGUGAAGGAGCGAGCUGGGAAGCUAGACUAUACGGCAGUGACUGGGGUUUUGAGCUGGAGCAGCUUGACGUUAGCGAAAAUGGCAUAGCGCUGACGCUGUGGCAUGGAACCACAGACAUGAACGUUCCAGUAAGCAUGGCGAAGAAGGCUAACGAAUUGAUAGCCGGAAGUUUACUGCACUUGAAGGAGGGAGAGGGGCAUGUUAGUUUCAUUUCCAGAGAUGCCGAUGAGAUUUUGGAUGAUUUGCUAGGUUUUACGGAAACUGAGGAAUAUCUACAGGAAGGUGAGUAGGGAGGUUUCAUCCUUUUCUACUAGCUAGUUUGCAAUGAAGAUGGUUCGCUCUAAAGAAGC